GAUACAUGCCAGCAUUUUCUUCUCCUUCCCGUCUAUUCUUCCCAUGUUUCCUACCUCGAACUCUUCCCAUUUCUAGUAAUCUUACUCUUCCCAUUUUCCUUUCCUGUCAAAAGCUUAUCAACAUUAAAAUCUUUUUCUCAAUCCAACAUCUUCCCAGUACUCUGUACUUGGACACUUCUAUUUGAUCCAGAUGUGGGCUUUGUUUGUUGGAGCUUUGAUUAUUAUAAGCAUCACACAUUGGGUUUACCGCUGGAGAAACCCCAGAUGCAAUGGCACUCUUCCACCAGGUUCAAUGGGAUUGCCACUUAUUGGCGAGACCCUUCAAUUCUUCGCUCCUAAUACUUCCUGUGACAUUUCUCCAUUUGUCAGAGACAGGAUGAAAAGAUAUGGACCAAUAUUCCGGACUAAUUUGGUUGGAAGGCCAGUUGUAGUAUCAACAGACCCGGAUCUCAAUUACUUUAUCUUCCAACAAGAGGGACAAUUGUUCCAGAGCUGGUAUCCAGAUACAUUCACAGAGAUUUUUGGAAGGCAAAAUGUCGGCUCAUUACAUGGGUUCAUGUACAAGUAUCUUAAGAAUAUGGUGCUUAAUCUCUUCGGUCCUGAGAGCCUUAAAAAAAUGCUCCCUGAAGUUGAACAAACAGCAUCAAAAAGAUUACAGCUAUGGUCUCAUCAGGAAUCAGUUGAAUUAAAAGAAGCAACUGCAACUGUGAUAUUUGAUCUGACGGCGAAGAAGCUGAUAAGUUAUGAUCAGGAAAAUUCUUCAGAGAAUCUCAGGGAGAACUUUGUUGCAUUCAUACAAGGAUUAAUCUCCUUCCCUUUGGACAUUCCAGGAACAGCAUAUCACGAAUGCUUACAGGGUAGGAAAAAGGCAAUGAGAAUGCUAAAGAACCUGCUACAGGAAAGACGAGCAAAUCCGAGAAAGCACGAAACUGAUUUCUUUGAUUAUGUGCUUGAAGAACUUCAAAAGAAUAAAACAAUCCUUACAGAGGAAAUCGCUCUGGAUUUAAUGUUUGUGCUGCUAUUUGCCAGCUUUGAAACAACUUCCCUGGCUCUAACUUUAGCUGUCAAGUUUAUAUCGGAUCACCCAUUGGUGCUACAGAAAUUAACGGAAGAGCACGACGGAAUUCUAAAAAAUCGGGAAAAUGCCAACUCUGGUCUUACAUGGAAGGAAUACAAAUCAAUGAAAUUCACAUUUCAGGUCAUUAAUGAAACUGUUAGACUGGCAAACAUAGUUCCAGGGAUCUUCAGAAAAACACUUAGAGAUAUCCAGUUUAAGGGAUAUACCAUUCCAGCAGGUUGGGCAGUAAUGGUCUGUCCCCCCGCUGUACACUUAAACCCAGCAAAAUAUGAAGAUCCACUUGCCUUCAAUCCAUGGAGAUGGAAGGGUAUGGAAGUAAAUGGUGCAUCCAAAACCUUCAUGGCCUUUGGUGGUGGCAUGAGAUUUUGUGUUGGAACAGAUUUUACCAAGGUGCAGAUGGCUGUAUUUCUACAUUGCUUGGUCACAAAGUGCAGGUGGCAAGCAAUCAAAGGAGGAAAUAUUGUUCGAACUCCUGGUUUACAAUUUCCAAGUGGUUAUCACAUUCAGCUCACGGAGAGAGACGAAAGACAUAACUCUACUAAGUAAUCACUUACCAGAAAGAUAAAGGGCAAGCCAUACCUAUGGCUGGAGCCACCAUACUGAGAGCUUCAAACUUCAAAUCUUAUCCAUCGGGAUUCCAAUCGGCAAUCUGUGA